AUGUUGAGAUUUCUUAUUCUCUCAGUCUUCCUGCUCUUCCCGGUCAAUGCAGGUCUUAUGGAUAUCAUCAUGAACCUUCCAGUAGCUGACAACAUCACUUGCAUCGAGGAGCAUCAGAAGUUGGCCGAAUGUGUGUAUCCUCAUGCGUCUUUCUAUGACUACAUCAAUAAACAAAUCUCGUGGCGAAAACGUUCUUUACAAUAUUGGUGUGAUGAGGAAAAUUCUUCAAAUUGGUAA